AGUUGGCCCAUCGGAUCAGAAGAGCAGUCCAUUGAAGAAGCCCACCAAUCAAUUUUUAAUUCUUCAAUUCUGUUCUACCCCACUCUCUCUCUCUCUCUCUCUCGCUCGCGCACGCAUUCAGCUCCAGGAAAAGUAGACUCCUCCGUCUCUUCCGAGAUUGUUGUGGAAGAAUGGCUGGCCAUAAAAUCGCUCAUGCCACAUUGACUGGGCCAAGUGUCAUCAAGGAGAUCUUGAUCGGUAUCACCCUUGGAAUGGCUGCUGGCGGCAUCUGGAAAAUGCAUCACUGGAAUGAGCAGAGGAAAGUGAGGGCAUUUUAUGAUCUUCUGGAGAAGGGCGAGAUCAGUGUUGUUGCAGAAGAGUAAGCAUUAGUCAUCUCCCGUCCUCUGAUGGACAAGUUCCGCAAUAACCUGUCCAUUUGUUUUUUUCCUUCAAUUGUCUCUUGAUCAUGGUUGGCUGAAGAAUAAAUAUCGUCUUUUGACAUACAGACCCUUCCUCCAUUGGAAAGUCAUUGUAGUUUUCUGGUUUGACACUACUGUGGAUAUGCGGUUCUUUAAGUUUGAGAUGUCAUUAACUCGAUUAUAUUUCUCA